AUGCGUUCUGAGGUAUAUAGUUCUGAGUCGGAAAACUUCAAGGUUUGUUAUCAGAUGCAAGUGGGAGAAAAGCUUGUAAACAGUGAUCAUUGCGAUUACAAUGCAAACAUUAUUGAACGACUUUGACGCAAAAGGUGACACAGAAAUGGAAAACAAUGGAAUUUGGCGAAACAGGAACAGGAAAUGUCAUGAAAAAAGGAACAGAAAACUGUUUUCUGUUUCGUGAUGCUUUUGAGAAAAGGUGUCAGGAAAAGGAAUCACAUGAGAGUGAAACUGUUCCUGCACAGAAGAGGAAGUCUUUUCGUAUGUUCCGGCCAUAUUAUUUUUGUUUCUUUAUCCUUUCUUUCUUCACAGAUCAUGUCUGAACAGAACAUGAAAAACAUAACCCUGGAAGAAACGUUAAAAACUGAUAGAGAAAAUGCUACCAUCCCUCCACCGCUGGUUAAAGAUAAAGCUACGGCCAUAUUUUGGUGUUCUUUCUUCAUUCUUGAAGCCCUUGUGAUAAUAAUCGGGAACCUCCUAACAACCGCUGUGUUUCUCCGGACCAGAAAACUUCGCAAGCGACGAUACUAUCUAAUGAUCAACCUCGCCAUUUCUGACACUUUAGUCGGUGCUUUGGCCAUACCGAUGUUCGUUGUGGCUUAUGGCGAGUCUCGGCAACUAUGGAGUAUAAAUCCUCUGAGAUCCGUCCCUGUUGAAGUCAAUAUGUUUUUCGACAUGUUCGCAGGCUUUGGCUCUAUUGCGUUUCUUUCAAUGAUUGCACUGGAGCGACUCUACGCGACGUUGCGACCGUUCAGCUACCGCUCCCUCAAGUCAGGCUGGUACAUUCUCUUCACCGCUAUCGCUUGGAUAACCGCGGGCUCCAUCCCUACUCUUCAUAUAGCAGCCAUAAAUUUUCCCACAGCUUUCCACUCCUCAACUCCAAAGGCUUUCGUUAUCUCAAUGUGGGUCCCAUUCCUCUCCGCGCUGCUGCUUCUGAUCUGCGCUUCAUACGUUGUUAUCUGGAGGAAAGUGCGAGACGUCCGCAAAAGUGUCGAGAAGGAAUCUUCCCUAUCCCGCAUUUGCCUUCUCAUCACAGCUGUUUCCCUGGUGGCCUGGCUCCCCUUUGUCAUUGCUAAUUUGGUAUUUAGUAUGCAGCCAGUGAACUUUACAUCCUUCAUGAAGCUGUUUUAUGCAACCAAGUUUCUCCACUUCGCCAAUUCUUUUUUAAAUCCCGUGUUAUACAUACUCAAAAUCCCUGAGUUUAAGGAAGGCCUGUCAAAUCUGUGCCGCAAGAAACGUCCCAUACCGGCAUCUGACUUAAGAUCUCCUUCAUCCAGGUCAACGAUGUUAUUGAAAUGACGAAAUAUUUGUGUAAGGCUGGGAGGGGAGGGCAGGGAAGAAACGGGAAGGAGCAGGGGAGAUAUAGGCAGUUAAACUAUCAUAGAUUUCUAAGAUAAAAAUAUCUGUGAUGUGAUCCAAUAAAAUGUAAAUAUUCUUUUGUGUGAUCUUAAGUAUUUGCAGGUCUGAUGGGGAUGAGGACUCUGUGUUCAAAGGUGAAAUCACCCCGCAGGCUCAUCUUAUCAUAUCUUCACAUGUUCGC